ACUGAUUUAAGAAAUAAAAUUGUUAAUGUUUUGGUUCCUAAGUUGAAAGAUAAUCUUCAAGAUACUGGAAGUGAAACAACUAAGCAUUAUAGAUCAGUUAUCAAAACUGAUUAUAAUGGAAAUGGUAAACCUUAUACUCAUCCUAUUUAUUUGACUAAUGAUUUACCUAAUCAAAUUUGA